AUGGAAUCUGGGAGAAGGGGAUGGAAUCUGGGAGAAGGGGAUGGAAUCUGGGAGAAGGGGAUGGAAUCUGGGAGAAGGGGAUGGAAUCUGGGAGAAGGGGAUGGAAUCUGGGAGAAGGGGAUGGAAUCUGGGAGAAGGGGAUGGAAUCUGGGAGAAGGGGAUGGAAUCUGGGAGAAGGGGAUGGAAUCUGGGAGAAGGGGAUGGAAUCUGGGAGAAGGGGAUGGAAUCUGGGAGAAGGGGAUGGAAUCUGGGAGAAGGGGAUGGAAUCUGGGAGAAGGGGAUGGAAUCUGGGAGAAGGGGAUGGAAUCUGGGAGAAGGGGAUGGAAUCUGGGAGAAGGGGAUGGAAUCUGGGAGAAGGGGAUGGAAUCUGGGAGAAGGGGAUGGAAUCUGGGAGAAGGGGAUGGAAUCUGGGAGAAGGGGAUGGAAUCUGGGAGAAGGGGAUGGAAUCUGGGAGAAGGGGAUGGAAUCUGGGAGAAGGGGAUGGAAUCUGGGAGAAGGGGAUGGAAUCUGGGAGAAGGGGAUGGAAUCUGGGAGAAGGGGAUGGAAUCUGGGAGAAGGGGAUGGAAUCUGGGAGAAGGGGAUGGAAUCUGGGAGAAGGGGAUGGAAUCUGGGAGAAGGGGAUGGAAUCUGGGAGAAGGGGAUGGAAUCUGGGAGAAGGGGAUGGAAUCUGGGAGAAGGGGAUGGAAUCUGGGAGAAGGGGAUGGAAUCUGGGAGAAGGGGAUGGAAUCUGGGAGAAGGGGAUGGAAUCUGGGAGAAGGGGAUGGAAUCUGGGAGAAGGGGAUGGAAUCUGGGAGAAGGGGAUGGAAUCUGGGAGAAGGGGAUGGAAUCUGGGAGAAGGGGAUGGAAUCUGGGAGAAGGGGAUGGAAUCUGGGAGAAGGGGAUGGAAUCUGGGAGAAGGGGAUGGAAUCUGGGAGAAGGGGAUGGAAUCUGGGAGAAGGGGAUGGAAUCUGGGAGAAGGGGAUGGAAUCUGGGAGAAGGGGAUGGAAUCUGGGAGAAGGGGAUGGAAUCUGGGAGAAGGGGAUGGAAUCUGGGAGAAGGGGAUGGAAUCUGGGAGAAGGGGAUGGAAUCUGGGAGAAGGGGAUGGAAUCUGGGAGAAGGGGAUGGAAUCUGGGAGAAGGGGAUGGAAUCUGGGAGAAGGGGAUGGAAUCUGGGAGAAGGGGAUGGAAUCUGGGAGAAGGGGAUGGAAUCUGGGAGAAGGGGAUGGAAUCUGGGAGAAGGGGAUGGAAUCUGGGAGAAGGGGAUGGAAUCUGGGAGAAGGGGAUGGAAUCUGGGAGAAGGGGAUGGAAUCUGGGAGAAGGGGAUGGAAUCUGGGAGAAGGGGAUGGAAUCUGGGAGAAGGGGAUGGAAUCUGGGAGAAGGGGAUGGAAUCUGGGAGAAGGGGAUGGAAUCUGGGAGAAGGGGAUGGAAUCUGGGAGAAGGGGAUGGAAUCUGGGAGAAGGGGAUGGAAUCUGGGAGAAGGGGAUGGAAUCUGGGAGAAGGGGAUGGAAUCUGGGAGAAGGGGAUGGAAUCUGGGAGAAGGGGAUGGAAUCUGGGAGAAGGGGAUGGAAUCUGGGAGAAGGGGAUGGAAUCUGGGAGAAGGGGAUGGAAUCUGGGAGAAGGGGAUGGAAUCUGGGAGAAGGGGAUGGAAUCUGGGAGAAGGGGAUGGAAUCUGGGAGAAGGGGAUGGAAUCUGGGAGAAGGGGAUGGAAUCUGGGAGAAGGGGAUGGAAUCUGGGAGAAGGGGAUGGAAUCUGGGAGAAGGGGAUGGAAUCUGGGAGAAGGGGAUGGAAUCUGGGAGAAGGGGAUGGAAUCUGGGAGAAGGGGAUGGAAUCUGGGAGAAGGGGAUGGAAUCUGGGAGAAGGGGAUGGAAUCUGGGAGAAGGGGAUGGAAUCUGGGAGAAGGGGAUGGAAUCUGGGAGAAGGGGAUGGAAUCUGGGAGAAGGGGAUGGAAUCUGGGAGAAGGGGAUGGAAUCUGGGAGAAGGGGAUGGAAUCUGGGAGAAGGGGAUGGAAUCUGGGAGAAGGGGAUGGAAUCUGGGAGAAGGGGAUGGAAUCUGGGAGAAGGGGAUGGAAUCUGGGAGAAGGGGAUGGAAUCUGGGAGAAGGGGAUGGAAUCUGGGAGAAGGGGAUGGAAUCUGGGAGAAGGGGAUGGAAUCUGGGAGAAGGGGAUGGAAUCUGGGAGAAGGGGAUGGAAUCUGGGAGAAGGGGAUGGAAUCUGGGAGAAGGGGAUGGAAUCUGGGAGAAGGGGAUGGAAUCUGGGAGAAGGGGAUGGAAUCUGGGAGAAGGGGAUGGAAUCUGGGAGAAGGGGAUGGAAUCUGGGAGAAGGGGAUGGAAUCUGGGAGAAGGGGAUGGAAUCUGGGAGAAGGGGAUGGAAUCUGGGAGAAGGGGAUGGAAUCUGGGAGAAGGGGAUGGAAUCUGGGAGAAGGGGAUGGAAUCUGGGAGAAGGGGAUGGAAUCUGGGAGAAGGGGAUGGAAUCUGGGAGAAGGGGAUGGAAUCUGGGAGAAGGGGAUGGAAUCUGGGAGAAGGGGAUGGAAUCUGGGAGAAGGGGAUGGAAUCUGGGAGAAGGGGAUGGAAUCUGGGAGAAGGGGAUGGAAUCUGGGAGAAGGGGAUGGAAUCUGGGAGAAGGGGAUGGAAUCUGGGAGAAGGGGAUGGAAUCUGGGAGAAGGGGAUGGAAUCUGGGAGAAGGGGAUGGAAUCUGGGAGAAGGGGAUGGAAUCUGGGAGAAGGGGAUGGAAUCUGGGAGAAGGGGAUGGAAUCUGGGAGAAGGGGAUGGAAUCUGGGAGAAGGGGAUGGAAUCUGGGAGAAGGGGAUGGAAUCUGGGAGAAGGGGAUGGAAUCUGGGAGAAGGGGAUGGAAUCUGGGAGAAGGGGAUGGAAUCUGGGAGAAGGGGAUGGAAUCUGGGAGAAGGGGAUGGAAUCUGGGAGAAGGGGAUGGAAUCUGGGAGAAGGGGAUGGAAUCUGGGAGAAGGGGAUGGAAUCUGGGAGAAGGGGAUGGAAUCUGGGAGAAGGGGAUGGAAUCUGGGAGAAGGGGAUGGAAUCUGGGAGAAGGGGAUGGAAUCUGGGAGAAGGGGAUGGAAUCUGGGAGAAGGGGAUGGAAUCUGGGAGAAGGGGAUGGAAUCUGGGAGAAGGGGAUGGAAUCUGGGAGAAGGGGAUGGAAUCUGGGAGAAGGGGAUGGAAUCUGGGAGAAGGGGAUGGAAUCUGGGAGAAGGGGAUGGAAUCUGGGAGAAGGGGAUGGAAUCUGGGAGAAGGGGAUGGAAUCUGGGAGAAGGGGAUGGAAUCUGGGAGAAGGGGAUGGAAUCUGGGAGAAGGGGAUGGAAUCUGGGAGAAGGGGAUGGAAUCUGGGAGAAGGGGAUGGAAUCUGGGAGAAGGGGAUGGAAUCUGGGAGAAGGGGAUGGAAUCUGGGAGAAGGGGAUGGAAUCUGGGAGAAGGGGAUGGAAUCUGGGAGAAGGGGAUGGAAUCUGGGAGAAGGGGAUGGAAUCUGGGAGAAGGGGAUGGAAUCUGGGAGAAGGGGAUGGAAUCUGGGAGAAGGGGAUGGAAUCUGGGAGAAGGGGAUGGAAUCUGGGAGAAGGGGAUGGAAUCUGGGAGAAGGGGAUGGAAUCUGGGAGAAGGGGAUGGAAUCUGGGAGAAGGGGAUGGAAUCUGGGAGAAGGGGAUGGAAUCUGGGAGAAGGGGAUGGAAUCUGGGAGAAGGGGAUGGAAUCUGGGAGAAGGGGAUGGAAUCUGGGAGAAGGGGAUGGAAUCUGGGAGAAGGGGAUGGAAUCUGGGAGAAGGGGAUGGAAUCUGGGAGAAGGGGAUGGAAUCUGGGAGAAGGGGAUGGAAUCUGGGAGAAGGGGAUGGAAUCUGGGAGAAGGGGAUGGAAUCUGGGAGAAGGGGAUGGAAUCUGGGAGAAGGGGAUGGAAUCUGGGAGAAGGGGAUGGAAUCUGGGAGAAGGGGAUGGAAUCUGGGAGAAGGGGAUGGAAUCUGGGAGAAGGGGAUGGAAUCUGGGAGAAGGGGAUGGAAUCUGGGAGAAGGGGAUGGAAUCUGGGAGAAGGGGAUGGAAUCUGGGAGAAGGGGAUGGAAUCUGGGAGAAGGGGAUGGAAUCUGGGAGAAGGGGAUGGAAUCUGGGAGAAGGGGAUGGAAUCUGGGAGAAGGGGAUGGAAUCUGGGAGAAGGGGAUGGAAUCUGGGAGAAGGGGAUGGAAUCUGGGAGAAGGGGAUGGAAUCUGGGAGAAGGGGAUGGAAUCUGGGAGAAGGGGAUGGAAUCUGGGAGAAGGGGAUGGAAUCUGGGAGAAGGGGAUGGAAUCUGGGAGAAGGGGAUGGAAUCUGGGAGAAGGGGAUGGAAUCUGGGAGAAGGGGAUGGAAUCUGGGAGAAGGGGAUGGAAUCUGGGAGAAGGGGAUGGAAUCUGGGAGAAGGGGAUGGAAUCUGGGAGAAGGGGAUGGAAUCUGGGAGAAGGGGAUGGAAUCUGGGAGAAGGGGAUGGAAUCUGGGAGAAGGGGAUGGAAUCUGGGAGAAGGGGAUGGAAUCUGGGAGAAGGGGAUGGAAUCUGGGAGAAGGGGAUGGAAUCUGGGAGAAGGGGAUGGAAUCUGGGAGAAGGGGAUGGAAUCUGGGAGAAGGGGAUGGAAUCUGGGAGAAGGGGAUGGAAUCUGGGAGAAGGGGAUGGAAUCUGGGAGAAGGGGAUGGAAUCUGGGAGAAGGGGAUGGAAUCUGGGAGAAGGGGAUGGAAUCUGGGAGAAGGGGAUGGAAUCUGGGAGAAGGGGAUGGAAUCUGGGAGAAGGGGAUGGAAUCUGGGAGAAGGGGAUGGAAUCUGGGAGAAGGGGAUGGAAUCUGGGAGAAGGGGAUGGAAUCUGGGAGAAGGGGAUGGAAUCUGGGAGAAGGGGAUGGAAUCUGGGAGAAGGGGAUGGAAUCUGGGAGAAGGGGAUGGAAUCUGGGAGAAGGGGAUGGAAUCUGGGAGAAGGGGAUGGAAUCUGGGAGAAGGGGAUGGAAUCUGGGAGAAGGGGAUGGAAUCUGGGAGAAGGGGAUGGAAUCUGGGAGAAGGGGAUGGAAUCUGGGAGAAGGGGAUGGAAUCUGGGAGAAGGGGAUGGAAUCUGGGAGAAGGGGAUGGAAUCUGGGAGAAGGGGAUGGAAUCUGGGAGAAGGGGAUGGAAUCUGGGAGAAGGGGAUGGAAUCUGGGAGAAGGGGAUGGAAUCUGGGAGAAGGGGAUGGAAUCUGGGAGAAGGGGAUGGAAUCUGGGAGAAGGGGAUGGAAUCUGGGAGAAGGGGAUGGAAUCUGGGAGAAGGGGAUGGAAUCUGGGAGAAGGGGAUGGAAUCUGGGAGAAGGGGAUGGAAUCUGGGAGAAGGGGAUGGAAUCUGGGAGAAGGGGAUGGAAUCUGGGAGAAGGGGAUGGAAUCUGGGAGAAGGGGAUGGAAUCUGGGAGAAGGGGAUGGAAUCUGGGAGAAGGGGAUGGAAUCUGGGAGAAGGGGAUGGAAUCUGGGAGAAGGGGAUGGAAUCUGGGAGAAGGGGAUGGAAUCUGGGAGAAGGGGAUGGAAUCUGGGAGAAGGGGAUGGAAUCUGGGAGAAGGGGAUGGAAUCUGGGAGAAGGGGAUGGAAUCUGGGAGAAGGGGAUGGAAUCUGGGAGAAGGGGAUGGAAUCUGGGAGAAGGGGAUGGAAUCUGGGAGAAGGGGAUGGAAUCUGGGAGAAGGGGAUGGAAUCUGGGAGAAGGGGAUGGAAUCUGGGAGAAGGGGAUGGAAUCUGGGAGAAGGGGAUGGAAUCUGGGAGAAGGGGAUGGAAUCUGGGAGAAGGGGAUGGAAUCUGGGAGAAGGGGAUGGAAUCUGGGAGAAGGGGAUGGAAUCUGGGAGAAGGGGAUGGAAUCUGGGAGAAGGGGAUGGAAUCUGGGAGAAGGGGAUGGAAUCUGGGAGAAGGGGAUGGAAUCUGGGAGAAGGGGAUGGAAUCUGGGAGAAGGGGAUGGAAUCUGGGAGAAGGGGAUGGAAUCUGGGAGAAGGGGAUGGAAUCUGGGAGAAGGGGAUGGAAUCUGGGAGAAGGGGAUGGAAUCUGGGAGAAGGGGAUGGAAUCUGGGAGAAGGGGAUGGAAUCUGGGAGAAGGGGAUGGAAUCUGGGAGAAGGGGAUGGAAUCUGGGAGAAGGGGAUGGAAUCUGGGAGAAGGGGAUGGAAUCUGGGAGAAGGGGAUGGAAUCUGGGAGAAGGGGAUGGAAUCUGGGAGAAGGGGAUGGAAUCUGGGAGAAGGGGAUGGAAUCUGGGAGAAGGGGAUGGAAUCUGGGAGAAGGGGAUGGAAUCUGGGAGAAGGGGAUGGAAUCUGGGAGAAGGGGAUGGAAUCUGGGAGAAGGGGAUGGAAUCUGGGAGAAGGGGAUGGAAUCUGGGAGAAGGGGAUGGAAUCUGGGAGAAGGGGAUGGAAUCUGGGAGAAGGGGAUGGAAUCUGGGAGAAGGGGAUGGAAUCUGGGAGAAGGGGAUGGAAUCUGGGAGAAGGGGAUGGAAUCUGGGAGAAGGGGAUGGAAUCUGGGAGAAGGGGAUGGAAUCUGGGAGAAGGGGAUGGAAUCUGGGAGAAGGGGAUGGAAUCUGGGAGAAGGGGAUGGAAUCUGGGAGAAGGGGAUGGAAUCUGGGAGAAGGGGAUGGAAUCUGGGAGAAGGGGAUGGAAUCUGGGAGAAGGGGAUGGAAUCUGGGAGAAGGGGAUGGAAUCUGGGAGAAGGGGAUGGAAUCUGGGAGAAGGGGAUGGAAUCUGGGAGAAGGGGAUGGAAUCUGGGAGAAGGGGAUGGAAUCUGGGAGAAGGGGAUGGAAUCUGGGAGAAGGGGAUGGAAUCUGGGAGAAGGGGAUGGAAUCUGGGAGAAGGGGAUGGAAUCUGGGAGAAGGGGAUGGAAUCUGGGAGAAGGGGAUGGAAUCUGGGAGAAGGGGAUGGAAUCUGGGAGAAGGGGAUGGAAUCUGGGAGAAGGGGAUGGAAUCUGGGAGAAGGGGAUGGAAUCUGGGAGAAGGGGAUGGAAUCUGGGAGAAGGGGAUGGAAUCUGGGAGAAGGGGAUGGAAUCUGGGAGAAGGGGAUGGAAUCUGGGAGAAGGGGAUGGAAUCUGGGAGAAGGGGAUGGAAUCUGGGAGAAGGGGAUGGAAUCUGGGAGAAGGGGAUGGAAUCUGGGAGAAGGGGAUGGAAUCUGGGAGAAGGGGAUGGAAUCUGGGAGAAGGGGAUGGAAUCUGGGAGAAGGGGAUGGAAUCUGGGAGAAGGGGAUGGAAUCUGGGAGAAGGGGAUGGAAUCUGGGAGAAGGGGAUGGAAUCUGGGAGAAGGGGAUGGAAUCUGGGAGAAGGGGAUGGAAUCUGGGAGAAGGGGAUGGAAUCUGGGAGAAGGGGAUGGAAUCUGGGAGAAGGGGAUGGAAUCUGGGAGAAGGGGAUGGAAUCUGGGAGAAGGGGAUGGAAUCUGGGAGAAGGGGAUGGAAUCUGGGAGAAGGGGAUGGAAUCUGGGAGAAGGGGAUGGAAUCUGGGAGAAGGGGAUGGAAUCUGGGAGAAGGGGAUGGAAUCUGGGAGAAGGGGAUGGAAUCUGGGAGAAGGGGAUGGAAUCUGGGAGAAGGGGAUGGAAUCUGGGAGAAGGGGAUGGAAUCUGGGAGAAGGGGAUGGAAUCUGGGAGAAGGGGAUGGAAUCUGGGAGAAGGGGAUGGAAUCUGGGAGAAGGGGAUGGAAUCUGGGAGAAGGGGAUGGAAUCUGGGAGAAGGGGAUGGAAUCUGGGAGAAGGGGAUGGAAUCUGGGAGAAGGGGAUGGAAUCUGGGAGAAGGGGAUGGAAUCUGGGAGAAGGGGAUGGAAUCUGGGAGAAGGGGAUGGAAUCUGGGAGAAGGGGAUGGAAUCUGGGAGAAGGGGAUGGAAUCUGGGAGAAGGGGAUGGAAUCUGGGAGAAGGGGAUGGAAUCUGGGAGAAGGGGAUGGAAUCUGGGAGAAGGGGAUGGAAUCUGGGAGAAGGGGAUGGAAUCUGGGAGAAGGGGAUGGAAUCUGGGAGAAGGGGAUGGAAUCUGGGAGAAGGGGAUGGAAUCUGGGAGAAGGGGAUGGAAUCUGGGAGAAGGGGAUGGAAUCUGGGAGAAGGGGAUGGAAUCUGGGAGAAGGGGAUGGAAUCUGGGAGAAGGGGAUGGAAUCUGGGAGAAGGGGAUGGAAUCUGGGAGAAGGGGAUGGAAUCUGGGAGAAGGGGAUGGAAUCUGGGAGAAGGGGAUGGAAUCUGGGAGAAGGGGAUGGAAUCUGGGAGAAGGGGAUGGAAUCUGGGAGAAGGGGAUGGAAUCUGGGAGAAGGGGAUGGAAUCUGGGAGAAGGGGAUGGAAUCUGGGAGAAGGGGAUGGAAUCUGGGAGAAGGGGAUGGAAUCUGGGAGAAGGGGAUGGAAUCUGGGAGAAGGGGAUGGAAUCUGGGAGAAGGGGAUGGAAUCUGGGAGAAGGGGAUGGAAUCUGGGAGAAGGGGAUGGAAUCUGGGAGAAGGGGAUGGAAUCUGGGAGAAGGGGAUGGAAUCUGGGAGAAGGGGAUGGAAUCUGGGAGAAGGGGAUGGAAUCUGGGAGAAGGGGAUGGAAUCUGGGAGAAGGGGAUGGAAUCUGGGAGAAGGGGAUGGAAUCUGGGAGAAGGGAUGGAAUCUGGGAGAAGGGGAUGGAAUCUGGGAGAAGGGGAUGGAAUCUGGGAGAAGGGGAUGGAAUCUGGGAGAAGGGGAUGGAAUCUGGGAGAAGGGGAUGGAAUCUGGGAGAAGGGGAUGGAAUCUGGGAGAAGGGGAUGGAAUCUGGGAGAAGGGGAUGGAAUCUGGGAGAAGGGGAUGGAAUCUGGGAGAAGGGGAUGGAAUCUGGGAGAAGGGGAUGGAAUCUGGGAGAAGGGGAUGGAAUCUGGGAGAAGGGGAUGGAAUCUGGGAGAAGGGGAUGGAAUCUGGGAGAAGGGGAUGGAAUCUGGGAGAAGGGGAUGGAAUCUGGGAGAAGGGGAUGGAAUCUGGGAGAAGGGGAUGGAAUCUGGGAGAAGGGGAUGGAAUCUGGGAGAAGGGGAUGGAAUCUGGGAGAAGGGGAUGGAAUCUGGGAGAAGGGGAUGGAAUCUGGGAGAAGGGGAUGGAAUCUGGGAGAAGGGGAUGGAAUCUGGGAGAAGGGGAUGGAAUCUGGGAGAAGGGGAUGGAAUCUGGGAGAAGGGGAUGGAAUCUGGGAGAAGGGGAUGGAAUCUGGGAGAAGGGGAUGGAAUCUGGGAGAAGGGGAUGGAAUCUGGGAGAAGGGGAUGGAAUCUGGGAGAAGGGGAUGGAAUCUGGGAGAAGGGGAUGGAAUCUGGGAGAAGGGGAUGGAAUCUGGGAGAAGGGGAUGGAAUCUGGGAGAAGGGGAUGGAAUCUGGGAGAAGGGGAUGGAAUCUGGGAGAAGGGGAUGGAAUCUGGGAGAAGGGGAUGGAAUCUGGGAGAAGGGGAUGGAAUCUGGGAGAAGGGGAUGGAAUCUGGGAGAAGGGGAUGGAAUCUGGGAGAAGGGGAUGGAAUCUGGGAGAAGGGGAUGGAAUCUGGGAGAAGGGGAUGGAAUCUGGGAGAAGGGGAUGGAAUCUGGGAGAAGGGGAUGGAAUCUGGGAGAAGGGGAUGGAAUCUGGGAGAAGGGGAUGGAAUCUGGGAGAAGGGGAUGGAAUCUGGGAGAAGGGGAUGGAAUCUGGGAGAAGGGGAUGGAAUCUGGGAGAAGGGGAUGGAAUCUGGGAGAAGGGGAUGGAAUCUGGGAGAAGGGGAUGGAAUCUGGGAGAAGGGGAUGGAAUCUGGGAGAAGGGGAUGGAAUCUGGGAGAAGGGGAUGGAAUCUGGGAGAAGGGGAUGGAAUCUGGGAGAAGGGGAUGGAAUCUGGGAGAAGGGGAUGGAAUCUGGGAGAAGGGGAUGGAAUCUGGGAGAAGGGGAUGGAAUCUGGGAGAAGGGGAUGGAAUCUGGGAGAAGGGGAUGGAAUCUGGGAGAAGGGGAUGGAAUCUGGGAGAAGGGGAUGGAAUCUGGGAGAAGGGGAUGGAAUCUGGGAGAAGGGGAUGGAAUCUGGGAGAAGGGGAUGGAAUCUGGGAGAAGGGGAUGGAAUCUGGAGAAGGGGAUGGAAUCUGGGAGAAGGGGAUGGAAUCUGGGAGAAGGGGAUGGAAUCUGGGAGAAGGGAUGGAAUCUGGGAGAAGGGGAUGGAAUCUGGGAGAAGGGGAUGGAAUCUGGGAGAAGGGGAUGGAAUCUGGGAGAAGGGGAUGGAAUCUGGGAGAAGGGGAUGGAAUCUGGGAGAAGGGGAUGGAAUCUGGGAGAAGGGGAUGGAAUCUGGGAGAAGGGGAUGGAAUCUGGGAGAAGGGGAUGGAAUCUGGGAGAAGGGGAUGGAAUCUGGGAGAAGGGGAUGGAAUCUGGGAGAAGGGGAUGGAAUCUGGGAGAAGGGGAUGGAAUCUGGGAGAAGGGGAUGGAAUCUGGGAGAAGGGGAUGGAAUCUGGGAGAAGGGGAUGGAAUCUGGGAGAAGGGGAUGGAAUCUGGGAGAAGGGGAUGGAAUCUGGGAGAAGGGGAUGGAAUCUGGGAGAAGGGGAUGGAAUCUGGGAGAAGGGGAUGGAAUCUGGGAGAAGGGGAUGGAAUCUGGGAGAAGGGGAUGGAAUCUGGGAGAAGGGGAUGGAAUCUGGGAGAAGGGGAUGGAAUCUGGGAGAAGGGGAUGGAAUCUGGGAGAAGGGGAUGGAAUCUGGGAGAAGGGGAUGGAAUCUGGGAGAAGGGGAUGGAAUCUGGGAGAAGGGGAUGGAAUCUGGGAGAAGGGGAUGGAAUCUGGGAGAAGGGGAUGGAAUCUGGGAGAAGGGGAUGGAAUCUGGGAGAAGGGGAUGGAAUCUGGGAGAAGGGGAUGGAAUCUGGGAGAAGGGGAUGGAAUCUGGGAGAAGGGGAUGGAAUCUGGGAGAAGGGGAUGGAAUCUGGGAGAAGGGGAUGGAAUCUGGGAGAAGGGGAUGGAAUCUGGGAGAAGGGGAUGGAAUCUGGGAGAAGGGGAUGGAAUCUGGGAGAAGGGGAUGGAAUCUGGGAGAAGGGGAUGGAAUCUGGGAGAAGGGGAUGGAAUCUGGGAGAAGGGGAUGGAAUCUGGGAGAAGGGGAUGGAAUCUGGGAGAAGGGGAUGGAAUCUGGGAGAAGGGGAUGGAAUCUGGGAGAAGGGGAUGGAAUCUGGGAGAAGGGGAUGGAAUCUGGGAGAAGGGGAUGGAAUCUGGGAGAAGGGGAUGGAAUCUGGGAGAAGGGGAUGGAAUCUGGAGAAGGGGAUGGAAUCUGGGAGAAGGGGAUGGAAUCUGGGAGAAGGGGAUGGAAUCUGGGAGAAGGGGAUGGAAUCUGGGAGAAGGGGAUGGAAUCUGGGAGAAGGGGAUGGAAUCUGGGAGAAGGGGAUGGAAUCUGGGAGAAGGGGAUGGAAUCUGGGAGAAGGGGAUGGAAUCUGGGAGAAGGGGAUGGAAUCUGGGAGAAGGGGAUGGAAUCUGGGAGAAGGGGAUGGAAUCUGGGAGAAGGGGAUGGAAUCUGGGAGAAGGGGAUGGAAUCUGGGAGAAGGGGAUGGAAUCUGGGAGAAGGGGAUGGAAUCUGGGAGAAGGGGAUGGAAUCUGGGAGAAGGGGAUGGAAUCUGGGAGAAGGGGAUGGAAUCUGGGAGAAGGGGAUGGAAUCUGGGAGAAGGGGAUGGAAUCUGGGAGAAGGGGAUGGAAUCUGGGAGAAGGGGAUGGAAUCUGGGAGAAGGGGAUGGAAUCUGGGAGAAGGGGAUGGAAUCUGGGAGAAGGGGAUGGAAUCUGGGAGAAGGGGAUGGAAUCUGGGAGAAGGGGAUGGAAUCUGGGAGAAGGGGAUGGAAUCUGGGAGAAGGGGAUGGAAUCUGGGAGAAGGGGAUGGAAUCUGGGAGAAGGGGAUGGAAUCUGGGAGAAGGGGAUGGAAUCUGGGAGAAGGGGAUGGAAUCUGGGAGAAGGGGAUGGAAUCUGGGAGAAGGGGAUGGAAUCUGGGAGAAGGGGAUGGAAUCUGGGAGAAGGGGAUGGAAUCUGGGAGAAGGGGAUGGAAUCUGGGAGAAGGGGAUGGAAUCUGGGAGAAGGGGAUGGAAUCUGGGAGAAGGGGAUGGAAUCUGGGAGAAGGGGAUGGAAUCUGGGAGAAGGGGAUGGAAUCUGGGAGAAGGGGAUGGAAUCUGGGAGAAGGGGAUGGAAUCUGGGAGAAGGGGAUGGAAUCUGGGAGAAGGGGAUGGAAUCUGGGAGAAGGGGAUGGAAUCUGGGAGAAGGGGAUGGAAUCUGGGAGAAGGGGAUGGAAUCUGGGAGAAGGGGAUGGAAUCUGGGAGAAGGGGAUGGAAUCUGGGAGAAGGGGAUGGAAUCUGGGAGAAGGGGAUGGAAUCUGGGAGAAGGGGAUGGAAUCUGGGAGAAGGGGAUGGAAUCUGGGAGAAGGGGAUGGAAUCUGGGAGAAGGGGAUGGAAUCUGGGAGAAGGGGAUGGAAUCUGGGAGAAGGGGAUGGAAUCUGGGAGAAGGGGAUGGAAUCUGGGAGAAGGGGAUGGAAUCUGGGAGAAGGGGAUGGAAUCUGGGAGAAGGGGAUGGAAUCUGGGAGAAGGGGAUGGAAUCUGGGAGAAGGGGAUGGAAUCUGGGAGAAGGGGAUGGAAUCUGGGAGAAGGGGAUGGAAUCUGGGAGAAGGGGAUGGAAUCUGGGAGAAGGGGAUGGAAUCUGGGAGAAGGGGAUGGAAUCUGGGAGAAGGGGAUGGAAUCUGGAGAAGGGGAUGGAAUCUGGGAGAAGGGGAUGGAAUCUGGGAGAAGGGGAUGGAAUCUGGGAGAAGGGAUGGAAUCUGGGAGAAGGGGAUGGAAUCUGGGAGAAGGGGAUGGAAUCUGGGAGAAGGGGAUGGAAUCUGGGAGAAGGGGAUGGAAUCUGGGAGAAGGGGAUGGAAUCUGGGAGAAGGGGAUGGAAUCUGGGAGAAGGGGAUGGAAUCUGGGAGAAGGGAUGGAAUCUGGGAGAAGGGGAUGGAAUCUGGGAGAAGGGGAUGGAAUCUGGGAGAAGGGGAUGGAAUCUGGGAGAAGGGGAUGGAAUCUGGGAGAAGGGGAUGGAAUCUGGGAGAAGGGGAUGGAAUCUGGGAGAAGGGGAUGGAAUCUGGGAGAAGGGGAUGGAAUCUGGAGAAGGGGAUGGAAUCUGGGAGAAGGGGAUGGAAUCUGGGAGAAGGGGAUGGAAUCUGGGAGAAGGGGAUGGAAUCUGGGAGAAGGGGAUGGAAUCUGGGAGAAGGGGAUGGAAUCUGGGAGAAGGGGAUGGAAUCUGGGAGAAGGGGAUGGAAUCUGGGAGAAGGGGAUGGAAUCUGGGAGAAGGGGAUGGAAUCUGGGAGAAGGGGAUGGAAUCUGGGAGAAGGGGAUGGAAUCUGGGAGAAGGGGAUGGAAUCUGGGAGAAGGGGAUGGAAUCUGGGAGAAGGGGAUGGAAUCUGGGAGAAGGGGAUGGAAUCUGGGAGAAGGGGAUGGAAUCUGGGAGAAGGGGAUGGAAUCUGGGAGAAGGGGAUGGAAUCUGGGAGAAGGGAUGGAAUCUGGGAGAAGGGGAUGGAAUCUGGGAGAAGGGGAUGGAAUCUGGGAGAAGGGGAUGGAAUCUGGGAGAAGGGGAUGGAAUCUGGGAGAAGGGGAUGGAAUCUGGGAAGGGGAUGGAAUCUGGGAGAAGGGGAUGGAAUCUGGGAGAAGGGGAUGGAAUCUGGGAGAAGGGGAUGGAAUCUGGGAGAAGGGGAUGGAAUCUGGGAGAAGGGGAUGGAAUCUGGGAGAAGGGGAUGGAAUCUGGGAGAAGGGGAUGGAAUCUGGGAGAAGGGGAUGGAAUCUGGAGAAGGGGAUGGAAUCUGGGAGAAGGGGAUGGAAUCUGGGAGAAGGGGAUGGAAUCUGGAGAAGGGGAGAAGGAGAAGGGGAUGGAAUCUGGGAGAAGGGGAUGGAAUCUGGGAGAAGGGGAUGGAAUCUGGGAGAAGGGGAUGGAAUCUGGGAGAAGGGGAUGGAAUCUGGGAGAAGGGGAUGGAAUCUGGGAGAAGGGGAUGGAAUCUGGGAGAAGGGGAUGGAAUCUGGGAGAAGGGGAUGGAAUCUGGGGAGGGGGAUGGAAUCUGGGAGAAGGGGAUGGAAUCUGGGAGAAGGGGAUGGAAUCUGGGAGAAGGGGAUGGAAUCUGGGAAGGGGAUGGAAUCUGGGAGAAGGGGAUGGAAUCUGGGAGAAGGGGAUGGAAUCUGGGAGAAGGGGAUGGAAUCUGGGAGAAGGGGAUGGAAUCUGGGAGAAGGGGAUGGAAUCUGGGAGAAGGGGAUGGAAUCUGGGAGAAGGGGAUGGAAUCUGGGAGAAGGGGAUGGAAUCUGGGAGAAGGGGAUGGAAUCUGGGAGAAGGGGAUGGAAUCUGGAGAAGGGGAUGGAAUCUGGGAGAAGGGGAUGGAAUCUGGGAGAAGGGGAUGGAAUCUGGGAGAAGGGGAUGGAAUCUGGGAGAAGGGGAUGGAAUCUGGGAGAAGGGGAUGGAAUCUGGGAGAAGGGGAUGGAAUCUGGGAGAAGGGGAUGGAAUCUGGGAGAAGGGGAUGGAAUCUGGGAGAAGGGGAUGGAAUCUGGGAGAAGGGGAUGGAAUCUGGGGAGAAGGGGAUGGAAUCUGGGAGAAGGGGAUGGAAUCUGGGAGAAGGGGAUGGAAUCUGGGAGAAGGGGAUGGAAUCUGGGAGAAGGGGAUGGAAUCUGGGAGAAGGGGAUGGAAUCUGGGAGAAGGGGAUGGAAUCUGGGAGAAGGGGAUGGAAUCUGGGAGAAGGGGAUGGAAUCUGGGAGAAGGGGAUGGAAUGGGGAGAAGGGAUGGAAUCUGGGAGAAGGGGAUGGAAUCGGGGAGAAGGGGAUGGAAUCUGGGAGAAGGGGAUGGAAUCUGGAGAAGGGGAUGGAAUCUGGGAGAAGGGGAUGGAAUCUGGGAGAAAGGGAUGGAAUCUGGGAGAAGGGGAUGGAAUCUGGGAGAAGGGGAUGGAAUCUGGGAGAAGGGGAUGGAAUCUGGGAGAAGGGGAUGGAAUCUGGGAGAAGGGGAUGGAAUCUGGGAGAAGGGGAUGGAAUCUGGGAGAAGGGGAUGGAAUCUGGGAGAAGGGGAUGGAAUCGGGAGAAGGGGAUGGAAUCUGGGAGAAGGGGGGAUGGAAUCUGGGAGAAGGGGAUGGAAUCUGGGAGAAGGGGAUGGAAUCUGGGAGAAGGGGAUGGAAUCUGGGAGAAGGGGAUGGAAUCUGGGAGAAGGGGAUGGAAUCUGGGAGAAGGGGAUGGAAUCUGGGAGAAGGGGAUGGAAUCUGGGAGAAGGGGAUGGAAUCUGGGAGAAGGGGAUGGAAUCUGGGAGAAGGGGAUGGAAUCUGGAGAAGGGGAUCUGGGAGAUGGAAAUCUGGGAGAAGGGGAUGGAAUCUGGGAGAAGGGGAUGGAAUGGGAGAAGGGGAUGGAAUCUGGGAGAAGGGGAUGGAAUCUGGGAGAAGGGGAUGGAAUCUGGAGAAGGGGAUGGAAUCGGGAGAAGGGGAUGGAAUCUGGGAGAAGGGGAUGGAAUCUGGGAGAAGGGGAUGGAAUCUGGGAGAAGGGGAUGGAAUCUGGGAGAAGGGGAUGGAAUCUGGGAGAAGGGGAUGGAAUCUGGGAGAAGGGGAUGGAAUCUGGGAGAAGGGGAUGGAAUCGGGAGAAGGGGAUGGAAUCUGGGAGAAGGGGAUGGAAUCUGGGAGAAGGGGAUGGAAUCUGGGAGAAGGGGAUGGAAUCUGGGAGAAGGGGAUGGAAUCUGGGAGAAGGGGAUGGAAUCUGGGAGAAGGGGAUGGAAUCUGGAGAAGGGGAUGGAAUCUGGGAGAAGGGGAUGGAAUCUGGGAGAAGGGGAUGGAAUCUGGAGAAGGGGAUGGAAUCUGGGAGAAGGGGAUGGAAUCUGGGAGAAGGGGAUGGAAUCUGGGAGAAGGGGAUGGAAUCUGGAGAAGGGGAUGGAAUCUGGGAGAAGGGGAUGGAAUCUGGGAGAAGGGGAUGGAAUCUGGGAGAAGGGGAUGGAAUCUGGGAGAAGGGGAUGGAAUCUGGGAGAAGGGGAUGGAAUCUGGGAGAAGGGGAUGGAAUCUGGGAGAAGGGGAUGGAAUCUGGGAGAAGGGGAUGGAAUCUGGGAGAAGGGAUGGAAUCUGGGAGAAGGGGAUGGAAUCUGGGAGAAGGGGAUGGAAUCUGGGAGAAGGGGAUGGAAUCUGGAGAAGGGGAUGGGAAUGGGGGAGAGGGGGAAAUAG